CAGGCCAGCCGAAGAAAAUCCAAAUGCCAUCAGCACUAGAAAAAACAGUAGCUGAAGAUGACAACCCACUGGAUCUGAGUAUGAGCUCAAUUGAGGCCUCUCCAAGUCAUCCAGUUGACAGUAGCUUUGUUCCACUAUUCAGCACAUCAAGCUCCUCCAGCUCUGACAUACCUGACAUACUCUCGGCUGCAGGAACCAAGAACUGGUCAGAAAAAAAAUGGAUAGUAAACGAGUCCAAGCUAAUGCAGCUCUUCACAACAUGCCAACAGUGUGGAGUGUUAAUUGAAGAGGAAGACAAGAAAGUGACCACUAGUGGGACCCGCAUACACAUCAAGUGGAGCUGUAUGAAAGGACACUCAGGUGAAUGGGAGUCAUGUUCUCAACUGCGUGGAAUGCCCGAAAACAACCUGCUGGUUGCCUCAUCCAUCCUGUUCACAGGUUCAACUUUCACGGAAAUCUUUGAUUGGGCUGAACUACUGAAUCUCCAAAUUACAAAGAAGACUACAUUUUACUCCCUGCAAUCCACCUACCUCAUACCAGUGAUUGAGUAUGCAUACCGUGACCAUCACGAAGAGAUGAUGAGCAAUCUACAACUACAGACAGUUGGUGGAGGGAUUUCAAUCUGCGGUGAUGGUCGUUCUGAUUCACCUGGAUUUAGUGCAAAGUACACUACAUACAGUUUCAUGAGUAAUGCAACACAGGAAAUCAUCAUGGUGGAUUUAGUUCAGGUUACAGAGGCGACCAGUUCACCAGCCAUGGAGACCCUGGGGUUUCGAAGGGGUCUGGACCGUUUGCUUCAGGCAGGAGUUAGAGUGGAUGUCAUCACUACAGACCGCUCUCCUUCUAUCAGGAAGCUUAUGAGAGAGACCUACUCUGACAUCCAGCACCAGUUUGACCCUUGGCAUGUUGCAAAAGGACUGAAGAAAGUGGACUGCGGCUGCAAACAACAAAAAAAACAACGAUCUGCAGCCUUGGCUAAAGGCUAUUACUAAUCACCUGUGGUGGUCUUGCCAGUCAUGCGGGGGUGAUG